AUGCCAAAGAAAACGUUCGAAAAAUUGACGCCGGCCAGACGUUCGAACCGACUUGAACUGAAACGCAUCAAAAGGAAUGCAGUUCAAUUGAUACCCUUUGAUGAGUCGUCAGGCAACCCGG